AUGAAGCUAUCAUCAGUUCUAGCUCUGGCGACAGCUGUUACCGCCCAGCAAUUCUCCAUCGCGAGCGACGACGACAUCAAGAAGACGGCGGCCUCCGUCGCCUGGGACCUCCUUCAAUACUAUCAUGGCAACGAAACGGGACAGACGCCGGGCAUCCUGCCCGGACCGCCUGCUUCGGGGCUAGGUCCGUACUACUGGUGGGAGGCGGGUGCGAUGUGGGGGACGCUUCUCGACUAUUGGUUCCUCACCGGCGACGACGCUUACAACGACUUGAUCAUGGAAGGCAUCCAGUUCCAGUCCGGGCCGCAGAAGAACUUUAUGGACCCCAACUACACGCUGUCCAUGGGAAAUGACGAUCAAGGUUUCUGGGGUAUGACGGCCUUAACCGCGGCCGAGAACAACUUCACCAACCCGCCAGCCGACAAGCCGCAAUGGGUCGCCCUGGCGCAGGGUGUCUUCAACGACAUGGCGAGUCCCGAGCGCUGGCAGACGGAUACCUGCGGCGGUGGUCUGCGCUGGCAGGUCCCCUUCUCCAACGUGGGCUACAACUACAAGAACUCCAUCGCCAAUGGCUGCUUCUUCAACAUUGCCGCCCGGCUCGCUCGCUAUACUCACAACGACACGUAUGCCGACUGGGCGGAGAAGGUCUGGGACUGGGUCGAGGGCGUCGGGUAUAUGGGCAAGAACAACGACGCACUGUACGAUGGCGCGCACGUCGAGGACAAUUGCACCAAGAUCAACGAGGAAGAGUACUCUUACAACAAUGCCGUCUUCACCCUGGGCGCCGCGUACAUGUACAAUUACACAAACGGCUCGUCAAAGUGGGAGGGGCGGGUGAACAAGCUGGUCGACCACGGAUUCGCUACGUUCUUCCCCAACGGCAUUGCCUACGAGCCCCAGUGCGAGACCUCCAAGACGUGCACCACGGACAUGAAAUCCUUCAAGGGCUAUCUGCACCGGUGGUACGCCACCUCGACGUCGGUGGCCCCCUUUCUGCGCGACAAGGUCCUGCCUGUGCUCAAGACGUCGGCAGAGGCAUCCAUCAAGGUCUGCACCGGUGGUGACAAUGGGCGUCAGUGCGGCUUCAGUUGGGCGGCGGGUCAGUUUGAUGGCAUCAUGGGCGUUGGGCCGCAGAUGAACGCCCUUGGCGCGGUCUCAUCACUGCUCAUCACGGAGACCCAUGGCACGGUGUCGAAAUCGACCGGCGGCUCCAGCGAGGGCGACCCAACAGCUGGUGGUGACGAGUCCACCACCACAAAGAUCACCACCGCUGACCGCGCUGGCGCAGGAAUCCUGACAUUCCUGGUUCUGGGUAGCACCGUGAGCUUGUUCGGGUGGAUGUGUUUCGGAGACGCCUAA